UAUCUAUUUUAAAACCAAAUUGUUUGUUGUACAGUAAGUUAUUUUUGUUGAGAUGUUUGUAUAUUCUAUUAGACAUUAUUCUUUCUAAAAUUUUUGAAAAUACCGAAAGAACAGAAAUGGGUCGAUAGUUGCUAAUAUUUGAUCUGUCACCUUCUUUAAAGAUAGGAGUAACUUAAGCAACUUUUAAUUGUUCUGGAAAAAUUCCUUGAUUUAUAGAAGCUCUAAAAACUUUAAAAAGAAUAUGUUUUAAGGUGGUCGUCUAGUAAAAAAAUAUGUAAAAAAUCAAAUUUUUGUUAUUGGUGUAAUUUAAAAGAAAAAUUUUUGCUCGUUCAGAAAAUAUAUACUUUUACACAUGUUUCUUAAUUAGAUUUUUUCAAAAUUCACUUUCUUUAAAGACAUGUAUUAGUUUGUUCCCUUAGCAACGUCCUUAGCAACAACAUUUUUAGGUUGUUUUGGGCCAAAAUUAUUUACCAAACUUGAUAAUAUAAACUUUCUUAAUAAUCGAGAAACUUAAAGCUUUUGUAUAGUGUAAACAGAGCUUUAAAUUAUACGGAACUUCAAUUUUAACAGCUGACAGAACUAUUUGAAUUAUUGCUGUUUUUUUAUUAGAGCAUGGUGUUUUGUUUUAUCUAAAACUUUUAUGUGAAAUUUUAUUUAAUAACUUUGUUUAGAUGGCUAAUAAAAAUAAUAAACAAAGAAAGAAAUUAAAAAGAAAAUUUAGUGGGAACCAACACACUAAUAGAAAAAUAGAAUCUCUGGACAAAACAAGUCUUCAGGAUGAAAAAAACAACCCAUCUUUAUCCUUGUGUAAAAAAUCUUCUAUUACACCAAAUGAAAGCAACUGUAAUUUAUUUAUUGAACUACAAAUAUUUAAAUGUGUUAUUGAUAUGGUUGGUAUUUGUCCUGAUUGCACCUCAAAAAUUAAUUUAAAGCUUAUUAAUGAAAAACAUCAAGGAUAUGCAAACAAUAUGUUUUUACAAUGUUAUAAAUGUGAUUGGACACAUGAGUUUUACUCUUCAUCAUUCAUUUCAAAAAAAGAUAACACUGAACUUCGUGGGAAAAAAAAAUUUGAUAUUAAUACUCGUUUAGUUAUUGCUUUUCGUGAAAUUGGUCAUGGUUUUGAAGCCAUCGAAAAGUUUUCCACUUUUAUGAAUAUGCCUUCAUUGAUGUCAAAAAAUGCAUACAAUAAUAUUAAUAAGUCUGUUUAUCAAGCAUAUGCAGACUGUGCUAAUGAAAGCAUGAAAAAAGCAGCUAAAGAAGUGAGACAAAUUAUAAAACCUAAUUCAAAUGCAGUUGAACUACUAGAAAGUGAUAUAUCAAUCGAUGGAUCAUGGCAAAAAAGAGGGUAUAAUUCUUUAAAUGGAGUAGUUACUGGCAUAGCUCGUGAAAAUCAAAAGGUUUUGGAUGUUCAGGUUUUCUCCAAAUUUUGUUAUGGUUGUUCAAAGUGGGAAGAUAAGUUUGGAUCAGCUGAAUAUAUUGAUUGGAAAGCAAAACAUAUAUGCCAAAUUAAUCAUAGGACAUCAUCAGGGUCAAUGGAAUCCCAAGGCGCAGUUAAUAUCUUCGCAAGUUCAAUUGAAAAAUAUAAUUUGAGAUAUAUGCACUAUAUUGGAGAUGGUGACACAGAUUCCUUCAAACAAGUGCUAGAUUCAAAACCAUAUGGUGAAAUUGCACCCAAAAAAUUAGAAUGUAUAGGACACGUUCAAAAGCGCCUCGGAACGAGAUUAAGAAAGCUUCGCAGUGAUAUGAAAUCUAUAAAACUUGCUGAUGGAAAAAGUAUUAGUGGAAAAGGAAGAUUGACUGAUAGACUCAUUAACAAAAUGCAAAACUAUUUUGGUAUGGCAAUCAGGCAAAAUCUUGGCCAAUUGUAUGCUAUGAAGAAAUCAGUUUUAGCAAUUCUUUGGCACUUUACGGACAUUAAAAAUCUUGACGUUAGACACCAGUUUUGUCCUAGAUCUGCAAUAUCAUGGUGCAAAUAUCAAGUUGAUAAAAUAACAGGCUUGUCUAAAUACAAUUCAAAAGGUAUUAUUCCUGAAGUCAUUAAAAAAGAAAUUGAAAAGAUUUUUAUUGAUUUGAGUUCUGAUGAACUUUUGUCGCGAUGCUUAGAAGGUACAAGUCAAAAUGCUAACGAAGCAUUUAAUCAGAUUCUCUGGCGGAAAUGCCCAAAAAACACAUUUGUUUCGAAAGAUAUACUAGAAAUGGGUACAUUUUCAUCAGUAGUAAGUUUUAAUGAUGGGUUUUUAGCUCUAGAUAAUGUCUUGAAGAAUCUUGGUUUAACACCAGGGAAAUAUUUUUUUGAUCAUGCUUUAGUAUUCGAUAGUAAAAGAGUCAAAAAUAUACAAAAAAAAUCAACAGAUAUUGUAAAGAACAAAAGAAAAAAGUUAAGAGCUUUAAGGAAAGGAUUUAUUGAUAAAGAAAAACACAAGGAAGGAGGAGAUAGUUAUUCCAAAGGAUCAUUUUAACUUUUUUAUUUUUAUUUUGUUAGUUUUCUCUGUUUUUGAUAUUUCAGACUUAAAACAAGCAUAUCUCAGCUUCUAUGAAUUAUUUUUGAAUGAAAUUUUCAGUGGUUGUUCAACUGUAUAUAAGUUAGUAUGUGAACCAGAAUCUAAUUAAUUCUUUGAGUAUUUUAAGAAUUAUGGGAUGUUUUUUGUUGAAUUUUACCCCUUUUUUAAUUUCCCCAAAUACGCAGAGCUGCCAUUAUGGAUCUAUACAUAAUUAUAAGUUUUUACUGGUUCACAUACUAAUUUUAUGUAUAUCCUGCAUCCAAACCAAACUUCAUGCAAAAUGAAUGUACAGAUAACUAGAACUCUUUGUUUUAAGAAAGUGAUGUUUUAGGCAUUUUUUUGCUGAUUCAGCAUUAAAAAACGUAAAUUUUUUUUUUUUUUUUUUUUUUUUUGUUUCAUAAUUCAAAUAUAAAUUCUUUAUGUUGAAAAAUAAAAAAAACUCUCCCACAAAUUGCAUUUUUUAUUUUUUUACUAGACGACCACCUUAAUAUAUCGAAACAAUCUAUAAUUACGUUUCCAUUAAUUUCAUCUGCUCCUGUUGCUUUGUUUCUUUUCACAGAAUUCAAAGCUACUUCAAAUUCCUCAAAAGAUAAUUCUGAAGAUAACUCAUCAGAGCAAAUGCAAUUAUCCUUAGGUACGAGAAAAUCAUUAAAAGAAGCCGUCGUAUUUGAAAUCCUAUUUGAUAAGGAAGGACCUAUCCCAAUAAAAAAUUUAUUAAAUUCAUGGGAUAUGGCUCUUGGGUCAUAUAAACUUAUGUUAUCAACUUUAAUCAUCUGCGGCAGAAAACCUAAGCACGAUUUUUGUUUUCCAGUAAUUUCUUUCAUAAUUUGCCAUGUGCGUUUUAAAUCGUUUUUAAAUUUAUUAAUUAGUUCUGAGUAGUAAUUUCUUUUUAAGUUUUUACGUAUUUUUUCAAAUAGAUAUUUGUAGUUUUUGUAUAUUUUUUUGCUAGCAGAUGAUUUUGUUUUUAAAUAUUUAAUAUACAACUUCUGUUUAAUUUUUGACGAUUUUUUUAAUCCCUUCGUAAUCCAGGGACUUUUUGAGCUUUUGUUAAUUUUUAUUAUUUUUUCAACAAUUGGAAAAUUAGCGUCGUAAACGGAAAACAAUGUUAAAACUUCUUUAUCGCCAUCGGAGACGCUUAAAUCUUUCUCAUAUUAUAAAAGAUACUUUCAUGAACAUAAAUUAGAAGCCCUCCACCUCGUUUACUCGUUUUUCUUUCUUGUGAGACAAUUUUAAAAUGAGGAAUAUUAAAAUUAUUGUCAAAAUCGUUUAAUGUAACCCAUGUCUCAGUUAAACAAAUGAUAUUAAAUAGAUUUUUUGUUUCUUCUAAUAAAUUUAAAAGUUUUUCAAAAUUCCGAUUUAAGCUUCUUAUAUUGAGGUGGAGAAUUCUAAUUUGAUUGGAACUUUUUUUAAUUGCAUUCUGAAAAAGAAAACCUUCAAGCUCUUUAGGAUAAAAAUAAGCACAAUCCGUAAAAGUAUCGUAAUAAAAAUUAUUAUCUGGGUCUAUGUUUUUAUCAGAGGAAAAGUGGUUUCCUUCAAAAAAAUUAAAAGAAAUGGAUUCAAAAUCGUUCAUAAAAGCCAUGAUUAUUAAAAUUAGGUUAAGGUUUCUUUUUUAGAAUGCGUAAUUCGAUUAUUUGUUUGGAACGUUUUUUAAAAUAUUAGUUUUAAAAGAAAUAAUUUUAUCGUAACGAACCGAAACAUUCUCACCGUUUAAACGUCGUUCUUUUACUUCCGCAAAUAGUUUUCUUCUGAUUGCAACUGUUUCGCGAGAAAAAUCCUCGUUUACAUAAAUGUUUGUUCCUCUGAGACGAGCUGAUUCUUUCAAAAUUUUAGCUUUGUCUUUGUAUUGUUGAAGUUUUAAAACUAUCACCCUCGAACGUCCAUCUUUUUUUGGCCCAGUGCGAUGUGCUCGUUUAAUUUCAAUACUCUUUAUACCCAGUUUUUGUAGAAAAAAUGAAUGAACUUUUUCUUCGGUUUUGUCCCAAGAUUCUACUUCGUCUUCACAUAUUCCCUCAAUUCUUAAGUUAUUUCUCCGCGAUCUAUCUUCGAGGUUACGGAUUUUUUCGUUUAAAAAUUCAUUAUUAGUUCUUUCUUUCUCUAAUUGUUUGUUGAUGUCGAUUUUGUUUAAAAAAUGUUUGUUGUUACUUUCAAUCUUUUUAUCAAUUACGUGUUCGUUGAAGUUUAAACUUUCUUUUAUAUCUUCAAGCUCUAUUUCAAUUUUUUUAAUCUUGUUUGCAUUUUGAGUGAUAUUUUUCUCAAAUUUAUCCAAUCGUUCGUUUAAUAUUUUUGUAUUUGCACUAAUAAUAUCAAUUACUGUUUUUUCUUGGUUUUUUAAUAAAACUAAAGUUUCCUUUUUAAAAUCAUUAAGCAUUUCUUUCAUCAUUUUUUUUUAUUUCUUUAAGUGAUACAGCCAUACCUGAUGUUGAUAGGAUCUUUUUAGUUAGUAGAUUCGUAGGUUUUUUAGUUGUUUCUUUAUUAUACUUCAAUUCCGUAGACUUUAUUUAUUUAUUUACUUUUUUCGAGUCGAUAACUUUUAUUUAAUUCAGUAGAAUUUUUAAUACUUUUCUGCGCACAAAAGCGUCUGUUCACUUCGAAAGCUUGCGUGAAAAAAAAAAAAAAAAAAAAAAAAAAAAAAAAAAGGGAAGUAAUUAAAGAAGUAACAGGGAAAAAAGAAUUACAAAAAAAACUAUUCCAAAUAGAUUAAAGCUUAACUUCGACAAACAAAUAUUUGAUCAGAAAGAAAUAGCUGAAAACUUCAACAAAUUUUUUUAUAAACAUACGAAAAAAUUAGCAGCAGAUAUAACUCCUGGAAAACAAACAUUUCAAUCCUAUUUAAAAAAAACUCACUAUGUAAUGAAUGAGUCGGAACUGUCUCUAAAUGAACUUUAGGCAACCUUUAAUGCGCUUAAAAUAAAUAAAAGUACCGGGUUUGACGAUAUUAUUAGCGACUUUACGAAAUCAAAACGCCAGCUGGAACCGCAUUCUCUGAAGACAAAAUGUUGAUAAUGCGCAUGCGUGAGCUCAGGGUAAAGCCCUAGUUGCGUUUUAAAGUUCUAUGCCGGACGUGAAAAUUAAAGUUUGUUGUGUUGCAAACGUGACAAGCAUUACUCUGUUUAAUUUUAUAAUGAUAUUACUCCCAUCUUACAAUCCAUAAUACAAAUCCCAUGCAUGGCUCUACGUUAGCCGUAUUAUCAUAAUGGGAUGACUGAAUAACCGUGAAUUUCAUACGCUCAAACUAGCACAUGUGCGAAUCAGUUACAAAAACUGGCACAAUGCCAAAUGGCAUAAGUGCAUAUGGGCAUAACUGCACAAAAAAAAUUCCAAACAUUGGCAUAAGUGAAAACUGCUAUAAGUGCAAACUGGCAUAUUUGUAAAUUGGCAUAAGUGCGCUAAAUAGAUUUACAAACAUUCGCAUAAGUGUGAAUUGCCAUAAGUGGAAAUUGGUAUAAGUGUGAAGCAGUUGCAAAAACUCGCAAAAGUGCAAACAACAUAAAUGCGAACUGGCAUAAGUGUGCUAAAUAAAUUUGCAAAGUUUAGCAUAAUUCCAAACUGGCAUAACUGCAAACUAGCAUAAGGGCAAAAUGCCAAUCAGCACUUAGACCAAUGUUUGCAAAUUUAUUACACGCACUUAUGUCAUUUCGCACUUCUGCCAGUUUUUAUAACUGUUUUGUACUUAAUUAAACUUUGCAUUUAUGCCUAUUCGUAAUGUUUGCUAACCUGUUUGGCGCACUAAUGCCAAUUUACACUUUUUCCAGUUUGCAAGUUUAAAGCUAUAGGUUAUCCUAUAGCUUUAAACUUUAGUCAAGAUAAUUCUUUUAACCCAGAUAAUAUUCAUAUAUAUGACUACGCUAAUGGUGUACACUUAUGAUCUGGACUACAUUAAUGUUUUAUGACAAAUUCACUCAUGGCCAAAUCUAAUAUGGCAGCUGGAAAAGGCAAAGGACUUUUUAGUCUAACCAAGCUAUAUAACUUAAUAAAAGUUUGUGCAUCGACUUCUCACGAAUCAUACACAGAGUCGAUUGUCAAUGCAGUAAUUACUGGUUCGUGAAAGCGGGCAACUUUUGCUUGUCUUAAAGUGCCUUAAAUCCAACAGAUAUCAUCGUUAUAAUAUUACUUUGUUUGUAAAUUGUUUUAAAAAAUAAAUUUAAAAAUAACUUU